CACCUCCUCCCUGCGCCUUCAUGCGCAGGCGCGGCUCGGCCAUGGCGGCGGCUGUGGAAGGGCGUCUCGCUCAGUUCCGCGCUUCCCGCAGCGGCGCUGUCGCCAUUCCGCGCCCCGCCGACCCACCGGGAAAGGCCGCGCCUCCGGAGGCCGUCGAGGAACCGCAGGCAGCCGCAGGGUGCCCGGGCAGCGGCGUUCAGGUCCGUCCCGGUGCGACGGCGGCAGCUCCGGUGUGGGCGCGCCCGCUGUUGCUGAAGGUGUUGCUGUGGACCGCAUUGCUGGCGCUGUUCGCGGAGCUGGAACUCGGGCUGCCCUACUUCGUCCUCUCCCUGCUCUACUGGAUGUACGCCGGCACCCGCGGCCCCACCGAACGGCGGCCCGGAGAGCUCAGCGCCUACUCCGUCUUCAACCCCGGCUGCGCCGCCAUCGCCGGGACGCUGACGGCCGAGCAGCUGGAGCGGGAGCUGCACUACCGCCCCGCCGCGGGCAGGUAGCACCCGGCCCGGCGAGGACUGCGCUGUGCUGGGUCGGCCUCGCAGCCGCCGCCCCGGGGAAGGGCCGGGCCUUGGGGGAAUGAAAUGGGGUUUGUUCCUAUGCAAAAAUCCGCCUGAGCCAUACUGCUGGACCCGGGUCUUCCGGCGCCGGACCGUCCCGAAUAAAGCCGUAGCAAAGCCUGCGCUCUGGUCUCGUUUCCUGGGGCCGGGCAGCUGUUUCGGCCGCUAUGGAGCGGCCCCGAAAGGCACGGCCUUGUCACAGCUGCGUCUGCCAGCGUGUCAGCUGGAGGGCUUCAGGUCCCAGGAGCUUUGCCAUGAGUAACAGAAAGGCUGGCGUUUGACGACGCCUGCAGUAGAAGGGCCCACUGCUGCUCUCCCCUGCACCGGAUGGAAACCACAUUCUGAAGAAACGACAUGAAACAAUAACCAUACACAUAAAAUAGGCUGCUGGUUUGGUUUGCAGUGGUGUCUUUCAUCUAACACAAACAUCAGAUAAUAAUUCCCUUUUUGCUUCAUAUUCCAGGUUUCAUAAUUGUAAGUCAAAAAAUACUUUUUCCUGGCCAGGUGUAUUUGUAUGAUCCACUGCUGUUUUAUAUGUAUUGCAUUGAGGCAGACCUGCUUAGCAAAGUGGUACUCACCACUGCUCAAAGCAUGUAAAAAACACAUGGAUAUGACAUUUGAGAACAUGUUUCAGUGUUGUACAUGGUGGUGAUGCUAAGUUGGACUUGAUUAUCUUAAAGGUCUUUUCCAACCGUAACAAUUUAAUGAUUCAUUAAGUCAUCAUUUUGAAGAGCAGCUGCUAGAACUUGUGUCUCUGAGAACAGAGUUGAGAGGAAAAGUCACAAAUUGGUCUUUCAAAUCCUAUUCCAUUAUGUCUUUUCUGAUUUAACAGUUAAACUCAUUGUUAAGGCAACACAAGUUCUAUCAUUGAUUGUAGAAACAAAAGUGAAGCUUUGAAUUUAAUGGGACUAGUAAGAGAGUAAUAGAUUAAAGCAUAUGUAAUGUGGUAACACAGCUAAGCAUCUUUCAGUAGCUCUCCACAGCACUCUCACAGUUUCUGUCUUGGGCUGUUGUAUAAAUUCCAAGUCCUGCUACUUAAAGGCAGAAAAUUUUGUCAUUUGCAGAUAUUCUGUCAUCCUCCAGUAAACCCCCCCCCAGAGUUUUCAUUAUUCUUACUGAUUCCUUUUGACAUGCUGAAUUUUGGAUUUGAUUAACGUAGGCUCAGCAGGGUCAAAGGCCUCAUGGUAGUGGACACACAGUUGCACAUAUAAAGCGUUGUUUCCGUGGAAGAACCACAGAUUGUGAAUCUUUCCUUUCUUAAAAAAGUAUUCUAAUUGCAGGGUAAGAAAUAGCUGGAUAAUACUCAAAACACUUGUAAAUAAUGGAAUUUUGUGAAUUGAAACUUUAUUCACAACAAUAAACAUCAGCAUAGUGUUUAUGGGGAGUUGAUAAUCUGAUAUCUUGUCACAGUUCAGUUCUGUGGGUAUUUUUUAAAACAAGGAAAUACAUGCAAAUAAAUAUUAAAUAUAAGGUAAGAUCCACAAAAUUAUAAAAAUUCUUAGCAGCAAUGCUGGAAAUAAAGUUUUCACUUGCUAUAAACUCUAGUUGCAUUAUGUCCAGGUGGAUUUGUAGACUCUUGCAUUUAAUGCUUUAUGAAACAAGUAUGAAACAACCACAAUAAGUGAGCAUGAAGUCAAAAGGCACAAAAAAUAAAAAUUGACACAGUU